AUGGUUAAAAAAAACUUGAAGGUGGAUCCAUGCCAAUUUGGGAUCGAGGACAAAGUCAUGAUCUACAAUUACCAAUCUUUCGAACGCAAACCAUGGUCAAAAACUUAUGUUCAAUUGGAUUGGAUCAUACAAACUGGUUCUAUCGAUGGCUUUGUUACUGCUACUGGUCGUAUAGGACCUACCUUGUCUCUGUUAAUACCUGUACGCGUCAGGGGUGGUGACGUGGGAACGAAGUUUUGCUACUGCAACAAAAACAACAAAAACGGUCCCUUGUUUAUGGCGUGGUUAGGCAUGAUCGAAUAUCUAACGUAUGCAUUGCUACCUUUGCCGUUGUUGGCCUAUUCAAGAAUCCUAUCUGUAUUCAAGGAUGGAUCUCAAGCGGAUGUUAACAGUUUGGAACAUGUACAAAAAAUCAUGGAAGAAAUAAAGAAUUACCCUGCUGAAAGAAUAUACAACAUGGAUGAAUCAGGUUUAUUCCAUUUCAACAAUGAACGAUCUCCAUCUGGAAUUAAAGUUGAAAAGGCAAGGAUCACUAUCGUUUCCGAAACAAUGCUGAUGGAUCGCAUAAACUUUUAUUUACGUUUUUGUUGGACAUACAACAUCUAA